CUCUCUCUCUCUCUCUCUCUCUCUCUCUCUCUCUCUCUCUCUCUCUCCCUCUCUCUCUCUCUCUCUCUCUGACACACGCACGCACACUCACACACCCACGGAGCCAUGAGGGUGGCAGGACAUUUUCCCUGAGGGGUUGAGUUUUCAAACCCUUUCUGAGUAAAGAGAGAAAAACAACAGCCAGAGAUGAGAGCCUCUCUCAGGGCCCCUCCCAUCAAGGACCUCCAAGAGUACCUGGGAUCUCCUCUACCCCAUCCCAGUGCCCCAAUAUUAUUAUCAAAGGAGAUCAGCCUGGCCACAGGAACUUCUCUGGAUCUGCCCCUGGAUCUUGGUUAUUUGGAGGAACCUGGACUGCAUAAGUUGAGUCAUUUCAACAAGGAGUCAGAGAAACUAGGAAAGUCUCAGAAUCGUUGAUAUUUCCAAGGAGCCCUUAGCACUCCCAUCAAAUUAGCAUUAAUGACCCCUAACUUGGGUGGCCCUUACAGUUGUGCUAAGAAAAGAGCUCCCCAAGAAACGGAUCCAAGCAAACUAAUGGCUGAAGCUUUGGAAUUUGGGAAGGAAGAAUGGGACAAAAGCCAAAUGAAGAAACCAUGUAAGGAAUCUAUUGCAAAAUGCAGCUCGAAAAGGGCCUUCCUCCUGCCCCUAAGCAGCUCUCUCUGGAUCUCUCCAGGCCCCCUCCGCAUCGUAGUACUGAUUCUUACUGCCGGCCUCACCUGGAUCUUGGGCAGCAUUCUCCUGGGGACACAUGGAAGCAGCUUCUCUCGGCUACAGCAGCUCUUCAGUAGUCCUGAGAAUGCAGUGACAACAGUAGCAGAAAGGGCCUUCUCCCUGUGGUCUGUCCAGCCCAGCCCUGAGGCCAGCCGCCCUGCCAGGCAUGACAAGCCCCGGGCCAGGAAGUAUAAGUGUGGCCUGCCCCAGCCAUGUCCCGAACAGCAUUUGGCCUUUCGUGUGGUCAGUGGGGCCGCCAAUGUCAUCGGACCCAAGAUCUGCCUCGAGGAUAAGAUGCUAAUGAGCAGUGUAAAGGACAAUGUCGGACGUGGGCUGAACAUUGCCUUGGUGAAUGGAGUGAAUGGGGAACUCCUUGAGGCCAGAUCCUUUGACAUGUGGGCUGGAGAUGUCAAUGAUUUACUGAAGUUCAUCCGGCCACUCCAUGAAGGGACACUAGUGUUUGUGGCUUCCUAUGAUGACCCAGCCACCAAGAUGAAUGAUGAAACCAGGAAAAUUUUCAGUGAGCUAGGCAGCACAAAUGCUAAGGAACUGGCCUUUCGGGACAGCUGGGUGUUUGUUGGUGCCAAAGGAGUUCAGGACAAGAGCCCUUUUGAGCAGCAUGUGAAGAACAGCAAGAACACCAACAAGUAUGAGGGCUGGCCAGAGGCACUGGAGCUCGAAGGCUGCAUCCCUCAACGGACAGUGGGCACCCAAUGAGCUGUUGUGCUGCCUCUCUCUCUCUCCCUCCUUACCUCACAGCAGGCCUGGCCUGGUGAGUUGCCCAGGUGGGCCGUCUGUUCAGGCCCCCCCUGGAUUGAUUGGCCCCUGGAGAAAGCCACCUGAAUGAGGGGGAGAGAGGCUUGAGCUGAGAUGGGAGUGGAGGCCCACCUGGCACCUGCUCCUCUCCCUGAGCAUGCGCAGAGUUCUCAGGCUCUUUCCCCUAGUGCCUUACUCCUUCCAGGAAACCUUUCUUGCACUUUUUCCAGAUCACUCCAGCUCUCUUGGAAACGGAAUGUAACAGGUGGUGGGAUAGUUAGGCCCCAGUUGGGGGGACCCUUUCUUCAGUCAAUCACAUUCCGCCCCACCCCCCACCCCAUACACUCAUAUACUGUGGUCUAGCCAAGUUGGGCUCCUAGUGUAUCCAAGGCUCCCCCUUCCUCACAACUCUUCCCCUUCAUGCCUUUGGCUUGUGCUUUAGGUCUGCUGACAGUCCUCUUUCCCACUCUGCCUUGGUUCCCAGAGCCCAUUGCUUCCUUAUAAGCAGGGCUUUGCUACCUGGUCUAGCAGGGUCGGAGAGUAAUGGCAUGACUUUGGGGUGGACACAAGAGCUCUGCCUUUUCCCCACAUCUCCUGGCCCCAUUACUUCCUCUUAGAUGCAGAAUUAAGGAUAUAUGCAAUUCUUCAUAGUUAAUUCAGAAUUAUCUAAUAAACUGAAUUCCUAGUUGA